GCCCAUUUCAUUUGAUUUUCUUUGAGAACUACGGGUUUUGUGCUUUGUUUGUAAACCAUGAAUGGGAUCAGUAUUCAACUGAGUGAUCAAGCUAACAGACUCAUCUCUGAAAGUGCGUUUGUUCCAUUCUACCAUACAUUAACUCCUGGAUCGUCCAGCCUAUCCAAGUGUGGUACCCUCAUCCCAAACCGCAUAUUUGUCGGAGGAAUACCAUCAAAUACAACUGAACAAGAACUCAAGUCUUUCUUUUCAAGCCUUGGUCAGGUAAAAGAUGUCAAAAUUAUAAAUGAUCGCCCUGGGGCAUCUAAAGGGAGUUAUGGAUUUGUCACUUUCGAAAGUCAGGAAAUAGCUGAACAAAUUAUCAAGAAUGAGUCCGAAAAACUCAUUUUCAAAGACCGUAAACUCAAUAUAAGUCAUGCGAUUCGUAGACAGCAAAUUCUUCCUCGAACAGACUUAACAACAACCUUGUUUUUCGCCGGAAGUGCUGUACCUUAUAGUUUUCAAAAUAGUAUGGCUGUAUUACCUUUACCUGGCCAAGAGUACUCCGUUCUGACUCCGACUGCAGCUCCUUACGCCACAGUGAUGCUUCCUCAACCGGAUGGAGGAACAACUAUCUACUUUCCUUUUUUAAAUCCAACUCUCGCUGGUGCCGGAUCACCAUAUACACACAUUCCACAGCAUGCAGUAACAGCAGCACUUCAGCAACAAUUUAACCAAACAGGGAAUGCUUCUUGUUUGGCUCCAACGGUUGUGGGUCAAAUAACACCAAUCAGCGCUAGCAUUAACAACACUAAUGCCCAACCUCACUCAACACCUGCAGUAAUAACAGCAGCAGCAGCUGCUGCUAUGGCUGCCGUUGUUCAACGUCCACAACAUCCAGUUCAGAAUAAUCAACAACAUUCCCAACAAUCGUCUAAUGUGGCAGUAACUCAUAGUGCUUCACAUUUAAACAAAGAGUAUUCGAUCAACCAUUUAUCGACAAUCACACAGCAUCAAUCGGCAAUCACAGCUCAGCAUCCAGCCAAUUGGCUUUGGCCACCGGGUGUACAGCAGCCUCAGAAUACAAUUUAUAGAACAAGUCCCCAAACUACCAUGUGCACUAAUGAUACAUCUUCAUGUAUAAGAGCUACUACAUCAACACCAACAAUAACUACUUCAAAUCUUCAACUUCCACAACAGUAUGCAACAAAUGCAACAUAUUUGUAUAGCCCAUUAACUGGGUCUAGUCAUGAACUGAUGUUGUUUCAUCAAACCAGUUCGCCAUUCACUGGCAGUUCAACUAGUGAUUACCAUACUGACAAUAGUGCACAUUCAUCCGGUAUAUUGGAAUCAGCUGAGUCUUUAAGUUAUAAUGGUACACUAGUCAAUCGUCAAACUCAACAAUUUGGAAAACAGUUAACUGAUAUUUAUAACAAUAAUCUGAAUAAUAAUACUCAAAUAGAUGGUUCAUGUUUAUCACCAUACGCUACAAUAACAUCAAUUUUAGGAUUUCAUCCACAUUCUAAUUGUAUGGGACAAUCAAAUUCGAUACAUCAAAUGCCACCAACACAUUUACAACAUAAUUUACAUCAAAAUCAUCAAACAACUACAUUAGUAUCAAUAGUUAAUCCAUCACAUCCUAAUAAAAUAUUUACUGGUAAUAAUUAUACUCGCCAUUUAUCAACUGCUGUCUACGGAAAUCCUUCGCAAACUAGAAAUGAUACAAUAUCAUCAAUCGAUAUGAGUUUAUCAUCAAAUGAACAGCAUAACAACAUGAUAUCAUCAAUUGAUCAUUUGCAAUCAUGUUGUACAAUCGGGGCUAUUCAAAGUAAAACUGGUACAUCACCAUCUCCAUCAACAACAUCAGCAAUAGCAGCAGCAUCAGUGCCCACAGCAGCAUCAGCAGUACAAGUUGUAUUACCAUGUUUCUUAACUUCUACAAGUACAUCAUCUUAAUAUAUUUGGGUAUUUUUUUUUUUUGAGAAUAAUUUAUUUUAAAGCUUAACGUCUAAAAAUGAUAUACUAUUAAAAAAAAGUUUCAAAGAAUUUCUUAAUAGAAGAAAAUGAUAGACGAAAUUUGUUUAGUUAGUUUGUGUAAUAAGAAAAUUGAGUGAAACAGAAAGCAGAAAAACAAAGUGUGAAAAUAAAAUAAAUAGUAUGUGUUGUAAUUCAGUAAAGAAGAACUAGUUAUCUCUCUAGGAUUACUUACUCACCACCGUCUUAUAUUCUGUUAAUUUUGAAUUUAUUUUCUUCCUUUUGUCUAAUCAACUUUUUUUAUUAACCCAACUAUAAUUAAUCAUUUCAUCUAUUGGUUUUUACUAAUAUGAACUUCUUCUAAGCUUCGUUUAUUAGUGCUGGCUGACAUGAGCUA